UUAUAUUAUCUUAUCGAAUUAAAAAACCAUAAAUUCUUUUGGACUUUACGAACUGGUAGCCAAACUCUGACCAUUUCAACUUUCAAACAAAAUAACAUAAACAAUAAAAUCUCAUUACAUCUCUAUAUAUAUUACCACACUGAUGAAACUCUUCCCACUGCAACACCAACAACUAAAUCAUCUCUUCUUUACAUCAUCUUAUCGACUGACUUUUCUAUUUUCAAGAAAUAAAAAGAGAUGCAAAUGCUAAGAAGCUUUAGCACGAGGACAAGAAGCCGUCGUGGAGGGUACGAGCGAGUAAGUGAUGAUUCAACUUUCAGUUUACUCGGAGCAAAGCUAAGAAGAUCCUCGAGUGUUCCUUACUAUGCUCCAUCUAUAAAGCUUGGUGCUGGUGGUGUUCCGACCAUUCUUGAGGAGCUUCCUCGUCAGAAAUCCAAGAAAGUCAAACCAACAAGCAAGUUUAGCCACCCGAUCUUUAGCUUUUUAUAUGGAAAGAAGAAGAAGUCUACAACUAGGAAGCCUGAGUUUUCUAGGUAUCUUGAGUAUUUGAAGGAAGGUGGUAUGUGGGAUGCGAGAACUAACACGCCUGUUAUUUAUUUCAAGUAGAUGGUGAAUUUUAUGUAAAAUGAAAAUCAAUAUUUUUCUAAAAAAAUUUGUUUAAUACAAAUGAGUUUAUAUCUUUUAAUUUUGUGAUGAUAUUUGUAUAUUGUAGUUAUCGAAUAAUUAAAUUUUUUUAUAAGAA